UGUAUUUACCUAGUUGUGACAUACAAGAAAAGAGCUAUAUAUGCUCGUGUUGUCCCCUCAUCAUAUAUAUUUUUAUAAAUUCGUUUAUCGUAUUUGCAUUAAUGACUUUUCUGUCCAAAUCAUUUUAGACCUUCACGGUUCUAUGUGGGAAACCAUUUUUCUUAACAUCUCUUUACAUCUCUCUACAAGCAUCCUUUUCAAUUUUCUCCCAUGUCCCCCCGAAACUCUUGCAUCCCACGUCACCAAGUCCUGCCUAUCCACUUUUCCAUUCUAGUCAUCACUCUGCACACUGUUAUUAAAUCACGUUUUUCUCUUUUCUGCUCUAAUGUUUUAAAACCCAAUUUUGCCCAUCUUUCUUCGUACAGUAGUUCCCUCAAACUUGGAGGUAAUUUUCUUGUUGCUCUUUGCAUCCCUUCCAAUUUUUUUAUAAAUUUCUUAGCACUAGGUGACCAUACCACAGUUGCAUAUUCCAACUUUGGACGUAUCAUGGUCACAAUCAGUUUUUCUUUUUUUAAUAAUUUCUUCAUCCAGAUAUAUAAAUGCUGUUUUUAUGUUUCUUAGUAGGUUAUAUUUUCACCUGUAAUCUUCAUUUGUUUCUCUGGUGACAGCUUAUCAGUAAUUAUUACUCCAAGAUCUUUUUCUUUUGUUCUUUUGUUUAUUCUCUCAUUCCCAAUGAAUAAUUUCCUGUCUGUCUCUUGCUACUAUUGCCAAAUUCUAUCGCACUGCACUUCUUUGCAUUGAAUUUGUAAGCGCUAUCUUACGCUUAUUAAUGUAUUGUACUGGAGGUGACUGAAACGAGCUGUGCAGUACGCGCUCUUUGUAUUCAGAAGCGGUCAAAUCUGCGAAUUAACAUAUUAUCACUAAUACUGAGAGUAACACAAAGGAGUAUAUCAUAGGAAACACAGGUAUUGCAGUACAUCAUUGUCGUGACACUUCACGUCGUCAAUUCCGUACAAUAUAUAAAUCAAUACAGAGUUACCUACACUUUAGCGGGUUCAGUCGGUUCUACAGAUGAACACCACCAGCACAAACCCAGCAAGUCGCCCUCUCGUCUGCGUGAUCUGAUGUACGUCAUUAUGUUACGUUAAGUGUACUUGUAUUAACACAUAUAUCUCUAAAUCCUCACAAUUUAAGUAUCUAAUCACUAUAAGUCACAUUAAUUAUAUUAACAAACAUCAUCAAAUCCUCAUGGUUACAUAAAUAUCAUCCUCAUGGUUACAUAAAUAUCCCAAUACUAUGAUGAAUACAUACACAGUGCGGAACAGGCGUCCUCUUGGUUGUAUGCAAGGAUUACACUUGGAGAUUUACGUCCUCUUGGUUGCAUGCAAGGAUUACACUUUGAGAUUUACCGGGAUGAGGAACACUUGGGGAUUUACCGGGAUGAGGAACAUGGUCGUAUGCAAGGGGAUUUACCGGGAUGAGGAACACUUGGGGAUUUACCGGGAUUCUCCGCGCCUCCCGAGACACGUCUAGAUUUACCGGGAUGAGGAACACUUGGGGAUUUACCGGGAUUCUCCGCGCCUUACCGAGAUUCUCCGCGCCUCCCGAGACAUGUCUAGAUUUACCGAGAUGAGGAACACAUGGGGAUUUACCGGGAUUCUCCGCGCCUCCCGAGACACGUCUAACGUGUAGGCGUGACUGUCGUGAAGUGGCUUUGGAGACGCUGCUAGGCCCCUACGGCAUAUGAUGUUCAUUAUGCUGCAGGUUUGUUAUCAGCGCUCACGUCUUAACAACCGACCCAUCGAUGAGAGAAAUAGCUGAGAGGGCAAGUUCAACGCGUACAAAUAAUAUAACGCCAACAAAGAAAACAUAAAAUGUCACAUUACAAUGUAUCUCUAGCCGUCGUGUAAGUUGUGCGUAUACGGCGGCUACAGAAUUCCAUCUACUUUUGGCUCCACUCCCAGAUCUUGUUCAGGUCCCGUUGGAGUGCCGUGCAACCUUCCUCUAUUUCUAUUUUCUCAAUAACUUGGUAUUAUCUGCAAAUAAGCUUAUGUAACUGUUUAUUUCUUUUGGCAUAUCAUUAAUGUACACAACAAACAUUACCCAUGCCAACAUCAACCCCUGUAGAACCCCACUUAAAACUUUCUUCCAGUCUGACUUGUUUUUUUUAUUACUGUUCUCAUCUCUAUCUUCCAAGAAAUUCUCCAUCCACUUUAGCAGCCGCUCUCGCAAUCCUCCAAAAAUCUUCAGCUGCUAUAACAGCCUUCUAUGCGGUACUUUGUCGAAUGCUUUUUUGAGGUCCCAAUAGUCUGCCCUACCGUCUCCUGCACAAUGUCUAUAACUCGCGAAUAGAAAUUCAAUAGAUUAGUAGUACACGAUCUUCCUCCUCGAAAACUAAAUUGUCUGUUUGUUAACACGUUCUCUUCCAAAUAUUGAUCCAUUUGUCUUUCAUAAAUAUUUCGCAUAUCUGUCUGGUGUUAAUGACACCGGUCUGUUUAUUGAAGGAAACUCCUUAUUUCUUCCCUUGAAAAUCAUGCGUGUGUGUGUGUGUGUGUGUGUGUUUCUUACUGGGUAUCAGGAUAUAGCGGAAGUUGAUUUUAAUUUUCAGAUGUUUAUUAUUAUUAUUAUUAUUAUUAUUACUAUUACUAUUAUUAUUAUUAUUAUUAUUAUUAUUAUUAUGGUAGCAUAAUAAUUUGCGUAACAUCUGAAGUAUAGUCCAAGACCGACCUUAGGAAUGAACACCGAAAUCAUCCAGAUACCCUGCCAGAAAGACUGAUUUAUUGAUACAUUUAUUGUUGCAUUAAUAAUGAAAUACAACAAAGGAAGAGGAUGGACCUUGCCACCCACCCCCUGGGCAAAGACUUAAGGGUAGAGUAUCAAAAAUAAAAAAAAAUAGGUAGUAUACAUUACAAGAAUGUAAGUAAAUAAAUAAAUACAGAUAUUGCACACCUUAUUGCAUAAAUAUCCUACAGUCUGGGAGCAAACAUAGCAUAUUCCUUGAGUAUAUCCCUGAGAGUGGCUGAGUCUAAGAAAUGGUCAAUGAGGGUAUACAGGUCAUGUUGACCUUGCAGCCUAAAUUUAGCAAUGAGAGGACAUUCUGUGACAUAAUGGCGCAGAGUGUGUCUCCUUGGUGCUGCACAUAGCAUAUAGCAUACACCAGGAGAAGUACUGACUUCCCAAAAGUAUUUAUAGCCUAAUGUGAGCUUCAUUGCCACCCCGUUGCGUGAUGCAGUGUGUCUCCCAUGGGUGUAAGCAUAGUUCUGGGAGACUGCGGUGUUAUGCCUCCCACACCUUCAGUUGUGGUGACGGCAGUAGUCGGGGGAUGGCUACUUACAUUAGACAUGGGAUUCCGGUUACUUUCAGGGAACUGGGGGUCACCGAGGGUAUUGAAUUUAUUACUGUUUGCUUGCACACCCUGGGUGAAGUUAUUUACUUUGUAAACAUGUGCAUUCAUGCUGGUGACUUAAAUGUUGCAAAUUUUCCUGAUUAUGUCCUUGAGGAGCAGACCUUAAUGCCAAGCAUAAGGAAUUAAGAAGCCAUCUCACCACCAAUGCUAAUGGUGUGUGCUGGAAGGUUUUCCUUGACACCACAGAUACAGCAGUGUUCUCUGGGGAACAUGCACCCACACAUGUACAAGGAGGCAGACUUGACUAUGUAGCCCUUAUCAAUAUGCCAACAUAUACUGCUGAAAUCCUUCGUGUCAGGUCUUUGCUGAGUGACCACUUCGCCCUGGAGACGACCUUCCCCGUGCAGUCCGCCCCAGCAGUGCCCAGGAAGCGCUUGACAGUGCCACCAUCCAGGAUGGUGAGCCUCGUUGUCCAUGUGGUAACAUGGUAUUCUGCCGUGAAGGGCUCCUUCGCCGACGCAGAGGCACUGUACGACAGACUGCUACACACCAUUGAGGGAUUCAUCAUGACUCCAAGGGUUCUUGUAAGGACCCAUGCUCCACGCCGCUGGACUUACGCUACCGACCCUGUGAUCCUGAACUCUCAACAGUCGCUCGCCGCCUACCAGAGACGUUGGCAGCUUAACCCAGCAGACAUAAAGUCACGGGAUGCUAUGGUUACUGUGGAUCGACACCUCACAGAUCUGAGGCAGCAGGAAAGAAAGAAGUACUGGGUCUCCUUCCUUGACCAGUUGCGCAGGACCCGGUCCCUCCGGGAGGUGUGGCACCACGUCAACAGUGUCCGGGGCAAGUCCAGGAGGCAGGUGUCCUGCCGGCAGGGCACAAGAGCUCAUCCUGCAAUGGAAGGAAGCCUCAUCCUUCCUGUGGAACACCUUCCUGUGGAACACCAGGAGGCGCUUGACCGGCAAAGACCACAAAGAAUGGAGUUGAUUCGCCACAGUGUUUCUCUGCCAGAUGACACCUGUGUGUCUAUCAUGCAUGAUGAACUUCUCUCAGCAGUUAAAUUAGGCAAGUCAACAGCUCCUUGCAAGGAUGGCAUCACCUAUGACAUCCUCAACGCCCUCCUGGAGGUAAAGGUAGACAACCCUGUCUUAGACCUAUUUAACAUGUCUCUCACUGCAGGCAAGCUUCCCCACUCCUGGAAAACAGCCAUUAUCAUCCCAAUCCCCAAAGGUGAUGGCACCUUUCGCCCCAUUUCUCUCACCAGCUGUCUGUGUAAGAUGAUGGAACGGGUAAUAUUGAACAGGCUUAUAUAUAUAAGGUGGGCCAUGUACUCUCUGGCAAUGUACAUGGCUUCCUAAAAGGUCAUUCCACAAGUCAUUGUUUUGUUGAGUGCCUUAUAAAUAAGUACCUUAUAGUAAAUAAGUGCCUUAUAGUAAAUAAGCAUAAAUAAUAACCUGCAGAGCUUUCGUUGAUCUCAAGGGUGCCUUCGACAGGGCCAACAAAGAUGUUAUUAUGGAGGAACUCAUUCUCAAAGGUGUCAAAGGUAGAUUAUUAGGAUGGAUCAGGGACUAUUUGUGUAAUAGAACAACACAGGUUUGGUUUCAAAGUGCAGUCUCCUCUGAGGAAGUCUUUGAGCUUGGAACACCACAGGGUGGAGUCCUUAGUCCAAUGCUUUUCAACAUUUUAAUGGACAAAAUUGCGCAUUGUUCCUUCCUGCAGGGCACCCAGAUCCUCAUUUAUGCUGACGACCUACUCCUCUAAUGCCCCACACCCAGGAUUCUCCAGUUAGCUCUGUCACAACUAGCAGCAUUGUGUGUUCAAAUGGGACUUGUAAUUAAUUGAAUGUAAAAACCAAAUUUCAAGCCAAAGGGAAGGUCUCUCGACCACCCACUGUAAAUAAUGUUCCCAUCUGUUACUGUAUGUAAAGCAUAUGUACCUCACAUCAUUUUUCCUCGGCAUUCAUAAGUGAAAUGUUCAAUAGUUUUCUAUUUGCAUGAAAACGUGUAAUAUGUGCAAGUAUCAGUAUUCAAUGCUAUAUUAAGCACCAAAGCCGAUGUUCACUUGUUAGUAGAGUGUGGUUAACCCACUGGUCGCCUGCGGGUGUCACUCACGGCCAAGUAGCGCUCAGACAAAGACGGGCAGGAUGGUGACCGAGGUAAAUACUUUAAUUUUGUAGUAAAAAUUGAUUGUCAUACUGCCAAGUUGAUUGCAUGUAUUGUUAAUGAAUAUUGUAAUAUGUUGAAAGUGUUUAAUAUCAGUGUAUAGUGUUAUUUUGUAAGAAAUUGAGACUGAGAACUUGUUCGCAGUUCUUACGGUAAUGCCUACCUCAUCAAUAAACGUCAGAGAGAGAACUGCCUUUCCUCGACCCUACGAUGGUGGGUGUGAUCAGUAAAACAGAUCACCUGAGAGCCAAUUGAUGCCCAGCCGCCUUCAUGGAAUACCUGUGGGCCAGAGAACACGACAGGGUGUGCAGGGAAAGGGUCUUCAGAGAUUGGCUUGAUCCACUGGAUCAAGCCAACCUCACCAUGAAAUCCUGCACCUUUUGACUCCUUGGUGAUUCUUUUAUCCUCUAGAGCCCUUUUCUAAUGACUUUUGAGCCAAGAACUGCAGGCAAACACACCUUCAACAGCCACACAAAGACACGUAUGGUGAUACAGCAGACAUAUGGGACACUGGAAUCCAGAUUCUGCUGUCUGUACAAGUCAGGUGGCACCCUGCAGUGCCACCCAGUUAAAAGUUCUCAUAAAGCAGUUGCACAUAUGCAGUUGCACAAUAUGUGCAUCCAAAGAAGAAUUCCCCUGAAUGAGCCACUACUUGAUGAUGACCUCGAAGCUUGAGAAUACAGAAGAGGCAUCCAAGCUGGACUGGCUUGCUGCAGUGUUGUCAACAAAAAUGUAUUUUCAUAGGUUUUCUCUGUCUCUGUCUCUGUCUCUCUCUCUUUUGAUGUUUCGUGCCUAUUGAAGACAGCAUCUAAGGAGGUGGCCUUGGCAGAAUGUCUUCCAGUUGAAGUCUUCCUUCCUUGCUCGUUCAAAGCCCUACACCAGCACCUUUUGUCUCACAUGUACCACCUCAACCUAUUUUAACAUCCAAGUGCCCUUCCAGUCUUUCACUAUGCUCAUGUACACUUAAGUAUUGUCAAAAUAAAAGAGAAGUUUAA